AUGAAGCUUUUAAUAAUUAGACUCAUAGUUACUGUAUCUAUUCCUUUGAUAACAGGAGUUGCUAUUGUAUUAAGCAUAUUUUACUAAAGUCUUUGGCUUGCUUUGGAUUCAUGGGAAUAAGAUAGUCUUUUAUGGAUUAACUCAACACAAAAGCAAAUACUGCAUAAUUCUGUUAUUUCUAUGUAAUACAUUGAGGAGCAUAGCUUCACUUAACUCUAACUUCACUUGAUUAUAUCAAACAACUUAAUAUAAAAAUAUUAUAAAAAAAUGAUCAAAAUAAAUCCCUCAUCUAGAUUUUUAAAAUGCUCUUAUAGAGAACUAGUUUUUAAUGAGUGUCCUCGAGAAAUUUAUGUAAAACUAAACCAAAGCAUAUUUUAUCUUGAUUUGUAUUUUGUUAGGGACACUUUUUAAUUUAACAAACUAACGGCUAUGCAAUAAGAAUUUAUUUUAAUGAAUGAAUUUAUUUCUUACUAUGGAAGAGCAGCAACUUUAGCUUCAUUUAAUAAUCAAUUAUUAAAAAUACAAACAUUUUACAAUUCAGACACAACAUCGAUAUUAGCACAUAUCCCUUCUAGAUACGAAAACUUUACUAACUCAGACUAUGAAAAUUGUUUUGGAGACAAUUUUAUAGAACCAUUUGAUCCUAGGUGCAGAUCGUGGUAUUUAUAUGCAUAAUAGCAUGAAGGAUACUUUUUUUAUGAACCCUAUCUAGAUGCAGUAGAGGGUAACUUAGAGAUGACUCUUUCAAGCUAAAUUGUAUUUAAUUCUGAGUUUAAAUCUGUUAACAGUAUUGACUUAGAGAUGAGUUCAUUUGUGGAUCUCUUUAAAACCUCAGUGAGCAAAAACUCUUAUCCUGUUUUAUUUCACGAAUUCAAUAAUAAGGUAUUUUAUCAUCCAUUACUUUUAGGUUCUAAUAUCAAAUCUUGGGAAGACUUAGAAUUUCAAAAUAUAACCAUUUACUGUAAAGAUUCAAUUGAAGUUUGCAACAUUGAGAAAUAAAUUUUCUCUUAAAUGUUAAACUAAACUGUGUAAUUCAUUCAAAAAGGAAAUUACUCUAUUUAAGAAAAUAUAAACACAGAUAAUUUAUAUUAAUACUGGACAAAAUACAACGUAAAACAAAUAAGUUUAGUUUAUCCCAUAAACAGCUUAAUUUAAAAAUAUAAAACUUAAUAGCCUUAUUCUAAAACAAUUAUACUUACUGCUAAAGUGAUGAAUGAUAUAAGUGACUCUUUGAAACUAUUCAAUAUUUUAGACACUAAUAUUAUAAGGAUUCCUCUUUUAAUAGAAUUUAUUUUAUUAAGUGCUUCGAUAUUGAUAUUUAUAGUUAGAUAUGGGUAAUUCCAAAUAUAUUAAGUGCAAUAUCCAAUCUAGCUUUUAAUAAAAUUUCUAGAAUACAGCUUGAAGGAGCAGUAGCAUUUUCAUGAAUAAAUUACAUAAAAAAAAUAAAAUUUAAAUACUCAGUUACCAAGCACAUAAAAAAAGCAAUAAAAUUGCAAAAAAAUUCUCAAUAAAAGUGAAUAUGAUGAAAAAAAUAACUUAGAAGAACAAAAAAGUUUUUUUCUUUUUCAUUAAAAAGAUCUUAAUAGCUAAAUUUUGAUAAGAUCAAGAAUCAACAGAAGGAGUAGAGAAGAAUAAUAACUAUAAUAGUCUAAAAUGAAAUUGCUAACAAGGAAAAAUUUAGAUGAAAUAGAUUAAACUUUUGAAAAAUCAAACAACAGCUAUGAAUUUUCAAAGAGUUAAUAUUAAAGUUAAAUAUUUAAUUCUAACAAUAAUAGUUUUACCCCUAAUUAUAACAGAAAAAUCUAAUAAGGGAAUUAAAAUUUUUAAGAUUUGAGAAUAAAGCUACAUAAUUUUAAUGAAGAUAUGGUAUUUAGUUCUAUUACUGAAUCAUAGUAAUCACAUGAUAAUAAAAUUCGAAAAGAUAAAAUACUUUAAGGACUUAAACCUCUAUUUUUAGAAAUGAAAAUAAUUAAAUAAACAUUUUAAAUGCUAGAAAGUGUCCUAAAUUAUUAGAUUGAUGCCUACUCAAAAGACUCAAAUAAUAAUCUGAAUACAUUAUUUCAUUUUACAAAAGCUAAAAGCACAUUUUAAUAAUUAAAAAAUCAAACAGGAGUUUCUCGUUGCUAUUUUAAUCUAGGAAUAAUUUACUUGCUGAAUUAAGAAUAUAGUUUGGCUUGUCAGUAUUUUGAAUCUGCGAUAUAUUUAAAUUCACAAAUUUUCGACAUUGUCUCUCUUUGUAAUAUUCAGGAGAAAAUAUUAUAAAAUUUAUAAAGCUAAACCGAAGAAUAACUUUUUAUUUUUUGCAAAAGGAUUUUUACACUUGCUUAUACUUCAAAGCAAUUUUCAUUCUAAACUAUGACUAAAGAGUAAGAUAAUUAUUAAGCUAACUAAUCAUUAUAUUUUACUAAAUAAAUUAUUCAUGAUAAAUUAACAAACUAAUACUCUAAUGAUCUAACAAAAAUGAGCUAGACAUCUUAUUAAUACUUAAUGAAAGCUUUAGAAUUAUAUUUAAUUUUAGAAAAAAUAAUAUUAAAUAAAAGUAAAUGUUUUUCUAAAACAUUUAUAAUAUAUUUAUAUUUAGAAAUAUAUGAAAUUUUUAUUUAAUUAAGCAAGUAAGAUUCAAUUCAAGCCUACUUUUAAAUUAUAAAUCAGCUAAUAUAAAAGCCAUCAUAUCCAACAGUCAAAAAUAUUUAAUUAAAAAGCUAUUUAGAAAAUAAAAUAGUAGAAGAAAAAUCUAAAUUUUUUUAAGAUGAAUCAACAAGUACCUUAAAAAACUAAAAUACCUUUUAAUUAAAAGUAAAUUAGGAAUAAAAUUAAAUUAUUUUAGAAAUAUUAAGGAGCAAAUUCAAAUAUUUGUAAGGUCUUUCAGAAAAAGGAAGAAAAAACUACUACACAGCAUCAUUAUUUUUAACUUAAUGUUUAGAAGAAGGAAUACACUACAGUCCAUUUCUUAGAGUGAAAGCUAUUUAGAACCUAAAAGAGAUAUUUUAAAUAAACUAAUUGAAAUAAUAAGACUAUUUUUCAUAUGUAGCAUUACAAGAAGAAGAAAAUCAAACGCCUUUUGAUAUUUUUAUUUUAAUCUAAUUAGAUUGCGUUUUUUACACUUCAACUUAUGAAUCUUGUCUUGAAAACUUAAAAAGAUAAAAAUUUUUUAAAUAAAAUGAUAGAUUAUAAGCUGUCAUCUUCCAUGAAGAACUAAGUAUUUGUAUUCCUUUGACUAAAAUUUAAAGUGACCAUCACUGGUAGUUGAUGAUCGAUUCUAUAAAAUUAUUUGGAAGAGAUAUUUUCUACUAACAAAAAGAAAAAAGAUAAUAAAUAAGCUGGCAGUAAGCUUUAUUUAGUACUUUUGAUUAUUUAUGUGACUUAAAUAUUGAAGAUUUUUAAAAUCUAAAUAAAAUUUAUAAAAAGAAUUUUGUUUAAAAUAAAUAAGAAAAUUAAAGUUAAAAAAGACAAAAGUGUAUUUUGCUUUUUUCAAAACAACAUUCUUCCAAAAAGAUAAGCAUACCUCAAAAAUUAAUUAAUAACCAAAAUAUCCUUUCGCAUCAUAAACCUUACGUUUUUCAUCUAAAUGAAUUGCUGUAAGUAAGCAAAGAAAUUGCUUAACAAAUAUAUGAGCACAUAUAUUAUGAAUAAUUUACAGAUGAAAAUAAAUUUAUAUCAAAUAUCAUUAGCAUAAGAUAAAAUGACCACUUUAAAGAGGAAUAAGAACAUUUAUCAAUUAUAAACAAUUGUUGA